AACAGGUCAGUGUAUCUGAAUAUAACGAUACAAUAAAAUUAUAAGGUUUUUGUUUGGUCUAGAAAAGAAGAGGGUCUAAGACACACUGGGAGUUUUGGACUUGAAGUUGGUCCCGUCACAAUAGUUAAGAAUCUGUGCGCUAUGAAGAAAAUGAACUUCUUUCCAUUGCUCUUCAUUGCGGUGGAUGUAUGUGUGGUCCACGCGAUCCACCUGGCCCAGCUGUCCCUUCUCCUUCUCCCCCAUCCCUUUAUUGCCAUAUGGGUUGGAGGGCUGGUAAGAGCUGGCCUGCUGAUCCUCUUCACCUUCACCUCCCCCAGGAGGAUGUCAUGGAUGGGCAGCUUCGUGGGGCUGCAGACUUUACUGGUUCUUUGUUUCCAGUGUCCUGUCUACAUCAGUCUGCUCUGGCUGUCGGGCCAGUCCACUGUGGAAGAAGUGAUGGGGUGGCACUCCUGGCAAAGGCUUUUACAGAGCUAUGGCGUGACGUUGGUGGCGCAGCUCUACUGGAGCAGAUUAACCUCAUCUGUCAUGACAGAGGGGAAGUCUGAACAACCAAAGAACACAGAGGCCUCCCUGAAAAGGCUUAUGGGAUACAUGGUGCCGUACGGCGGCCGCUUUACUGUCGUGCUUCUUUUGGUGCUCCUCUCCUCCUAUGGUGAGAUGGCCAUUCCUCGAUACACUGGCAACAUAGCAGACUGGAUCAUGAAUGAAGACACACCUGAUGCAUUCACAGAUGCCAUCGUAGCAAUGACGCUGAUGACAAUUGGCAGUGCUGUGUUUGAGUUUGUGUGUGAUCUCAUGUACAACGUCACCAUGAGUCGCAUCCACACGGCGGUCCAGGGCCUGGUCUUCAGCUCUGUGCUCAAACAGGAGAUCGCAUUCUUUGAAUCCUCUCGGACAGGUGAAUUAGUGUCUCGUAUCACCACUGACACCAACACCAUGAGUGAGGCUCUGAGCGAGGAGCUGAGUCUGUUGAUGUGGUACGCCGCCCGUUUGGCCUUUCUCCUUUUCUUCAUGAUUAGACAGUCAUGGAAAAUGUCUCUCUUCUCCUGCAUGGGGUUACCCAUCAUCUGGGUAAUACCAGAACUUUUUGGAAAAUUCUAUCAGAGUAUUUCUGUAAAAGUUCAAACGUCCUUGGCGGAGACAGAGAGAGUAGCCACAGAAACCUUCUCCAGCAUGAAGACAGUCAGAAGCUUCGCCAAUGAGGAUGGUGAGACAAAGAAAUACAAGCGAUGCCUGGACGACACCUACGCCCUCAAUAAGAAGGAAGUAGUUGCCUAUGCAGCCUCCACCUGGGCCAACAGUAUGGGCAGUCUGGGCCUGAAGGUAUGUAUUCUGUAUUAUGGAGGAACACUGGUGACCAGAGGGACAGUCAGCAGUGGAGACCUGGUGGCCUUUGUGCUCUAUGAGCUGCAGUUUGCCUCAGCAGUGGAGGCUGUGAUGAGGUGCUACCCACAGGUGAAGAAGGCGAUUGGUGCCUCUGAGAAAAUCUUUGAGUAUUUGGACCGAGAGCCCAAACUACCCCCAGAGGGCACUUUGUCCCCCAAACAUCUGGAUGGACACGUCGAGUUCAAAAAUGUCACAUUUGCCUAUCCUGGAAGGAAAGACAAGCCCGUCCUCAAGGACGUGUCGCUGGAGAUAAAGCCGGGUCAGAUCACUGCUCUGGUUGGGCUCAACGGCUCGGGGAAGACCAGCUUUGUCAAACUGCUGGAACGGUUCUACCAGCCCCAAGCAGGAGGGAUCCUUUUGGACGGAGAACCGCUGACACACUACAAGAACCAGUAUCUCCACGACAAGAUGGCAGUGGUGAGCCAGGACUGUGUACUGUUCUCUCGCUCUGUGAAGGAUAACAUCAAAUAUGGCUGCGAGACGGCUUCUGAUGAAGAGAUGUACAAGGCCACCAAACAGGCCCAGGCACACAAGUUCAUCACUGAGCUAGUGAAUGGAUAUGAAACAGAUGCAGGGGAGAAGGGCGGUCAGGUGUCUGGAGGACAGAAGCAGCGUAUUGCCAUUGCCAGAGCAUUAAUAAGAAAGCCGAAGAUCUUGAUACUGGACAAUGCCACCAGUGACCUGGACACCGAAACAGAACAUUGGAUCCACCAAGCCAUGUUGAAUGACACAGAGAAGCGCUCAAUCCUGCUGAUAUCUCACAAGAUGAGUGCUGUGGAGAAAGCUGACCAUAUAAUUGUCCUCAAUGAGGGGAAGGUGGAAGAGGAGGGGAGCCAUUACGACUUACUUAAGAACGGAGGGCUCUAUGCUGACUUGGUGAGAAAACAAAAUGUCGGUUUUCAUCGUGAAGAGGAGGAGAACGGAAGAGCUGCUGAUUAAGACCUUCUGCUGGUGGGAUACUGACCGGGUAGAGAAACUUCAUGAGAACCCCCCCCCCCACUACCAUCAGCAAAUCCUCCAAGAGGGAGUCACCAGUAGCCACUGGUGAAAAGGCUGUGGUUGUACUGGGAAGUUACAGUGUGUAAAAACGUGCUUUUGUCAACUUUUUAUAUUGAUAAGUUAAAAAAACAUUUGUUAAAAAAAGACACCAUACACUUUGUUAGCAAUGUAGUUUGGUUAAAGCCUGCCGAAAUUAACUAGAAAAUGUGUGUACUCCUUAGUUGAACUAUGAACUCUGUAUUUUUUCCAAGCUCAUUUGUUUUUCAUGUCAAAUGUAAUUUUGUUUUUAACCCUUAUAAUUAUUAGUGAUUUGUCAUAGUUCUGUUAAAUAUUCCUGUCUGUAUGCUGUCAAGACAAUAUACUUGAGAAUUUAUGACAAGCGUUGUAAUUAAUGAUUCCAUUAAAAUUU